CCCCCAAGGAAAGAUAUUACCAACAUUCACGUACGGUUACUCCUGCUAGAGGAGAGUAUUGGGAUCGUCUGCGCUCAGCUGUUCCUCGAUCUCCACGGACACUCGCAGAAGAUGAAUGUUUCCUUCUAUGGUUGUGGUGUGUCCAACAUCGCGUGCGCUGUCUAUCCUAAACUGGCGUCCAAGGCUACUGAGGAUGUCUCCUUUGAGUCGUCGCGAUGGAAGUUCGCGAAAGCCCAGUUGAAAACGGCGCGGUCUGUCGCCUACCGCCGAUUCGGCGUCAUAAACAGCUAUACUGUCGAAUGCAGCUUCUACGGCUCGGACUGUGCCUCUCCGCCCUACGUGGCAGAGUUUGAUCAGACGCGCCUUGCCAGCAUCGGAGCAGCCCUAGGGCGAGCGAUGGCUGCAUACUUCCAAGUACCC